CAUAGCAACAGUAGGAGACGCCUCUUCCUUAGUCUUCCCGCUCUACAAUGUAGUCAACUGAGAACUAACUUGCCUUUAUUUUAUAGUCAACAUCAUUCUAGGUGGACACUUAAACCUGUGCUUAGUCUGUCUUUGUUACCCGCCCGCAUACAACGCAACCUUCUAGCGUACGCCAAGGCAACGACCACGACCAUGACCACCGUAUAGCAUCUCCAAGCUUCAACCCACUUCCAACCCAACCUCAAGCCAACAGGGCACUUACCCUACAAAUUACAAUACCCCAAGUCGCUGCGCAGAGAAUAACAGGCUGUCGCCAUGAAUAUCGUUGAGUGGGCCUUCGGCAAGCGCAUGACGCCGGCGGAGCGUCUGCGGAAGCACCAGCGGGCGCUCGAGAAGACGCAACGAGAACUCGACCGCGAGCGCGUGAAGUUGGAGAACCAGGAGAAGAAGCUGGUCCAGGACAUCAAGAAGAGCGCAAAGAAUGGCCAGAUGGGACCGCUGAGGAUACAGGCCAAGGAUCUGGUUCGGACCAGGCGGUACAUUCAGAAGUUCUAUCAGAUGCGAACACAGUUGCAGGCUAUAUCGCUUAGGAUACAGACCGUGCGAAGCAAUGAGCAGAUGAUGCAAUCCAUGAAGGGAGCUACAACACUCCUCGGAAGCAUGAACCGACAAAUGAAUCUCCCCGCACUGCAGCGCAUCGCCAUGGAAUUCGAGAAAGAGAACGAUAUCAUGGACCAACGACAGGAGAUGAUGGAUGACGCCAUUGACGACGUGACUGGCCUCGAGGACGAAGAGGAGGGUGAGGAGGUCGUGAACCAGGUGCUCGACGAGAUAGGCAUUGACCUAGGCCAAAUGCUCGGAGAGACGCCAUCCGGCCUGCAGAAGACCGCCGUGCCAGAAGGGAGAGUGGCACAGGCCGUGGGUGGAGGAGAUCCGGGUGACGAUGACCUUCAGGCACGUCUCGACAGCCUACGAAGAUGAUAAUGUCGAUAUGAAUCUUGCAUGCGUUCAAUACCAUGGAGUUAGGGAGCCUUGUGUCCUUUUGGCGUCGUCUAAUACAUUACAGCAUCAAGGAUACAGCCGUAGACAGUUUGACGCCAUAACUCAGUCCCGUCUGGUUGCUGCGAUGUCCACAACAGUGCCCAUGGCGUUCCCUCACCUGCGUUUAUUCAACGCUCCAUGCCCACUAAGCCAUACAGUGCGCCUGAAUAUUAACGCUUGGCCCAGCAGCAACUUUUCCUGAUAGAACCGCAAUCAUCCAAUUCCCUCAGGCCAAUGCUAUGCCAGCCAACCAUGCAAACGUGUCAACCAACUGCUUUACCCCAUCCCUCGAGCGUGUCUUUCGGGAACC